AUAUUGCAUGAUAAGCAGGAGGAUACAAUCUCAAAAUGCAUUUACAAGCAAACAUUGGUCAUCCUCAUAUCACGACAUUCAGAUAUGCUAAGCAGAUAAAGAAGCCAACAAUCAUAUAUUUUAUCAACUUUAACAGGAGACAAGAGAAGCGUGAUAAACUCUGGACUGGUCGCCAAUCAGUCACUCGGCACAUCUGGAGAAGCGACUAUUCAUUGUCCCGAUGUAACGGCGCGUUGUUUUGGGCCCAAAUUCAAACACCCAAAAUCUCUAUUGAAGACGCCAGAGUCGAGGUGGCCCAUAGACGUCAAUGAUUGUUGGCCUAAACGCGCCCGGCGGCCGAUGCGGGGUGCAUCCCGCUUCUGUCACCAAAUCAGCUGAGGCAGGCCCAAAACACGAUGACAGCGAUGCGCACGAUUGUCAUUUUCAGGUUCAGAGUCUUUGGAAGUUUAUCACACAACUGCAAUAAAACAAUCCAACCAAUAUGUUAUCGACGGUAUUGCGUAACUGGCAGAUGGGAGGAAACCAUGAGUGGCGUGCUACCUCUUAGUCCAUUUGUUUCCAGCCAGCAUGAAGUGCUUGUUCCUGGAGUCUCUGUGCCUCCUGUGUUUGUAUGGUAGCCUGAGCAGUGAGCUGAAUGGGGAGGAGGGCUUGAUGCUUCUCGCGGGUCCACUUCAGUCCCAGAAGAAUGUCUUUCACUGCGGUGGUCCCAUCCCUCCUGGAUCCGGACGGUACUUUGACUCUCUCCGGGGAAGAGGUCUCACCCAUUUCCAAGUGCCCCUGUCCUGGCACCGACUCCUACCAUCAGGCCAACCCGGGCAGCCCCAACGAGCCGUGGUCAGCUGCUACCGGACCCUGCUGAACCAGAUCUUGAGUGCGGGUCUCCAGCCUCUUGUCAUCCUUCACGCAUCCACAGUGCCAGAAGAUCUUAAGUCACAGUUUGGAGGAUGGGAAAGCCCAGAGCUGCGGGGGAUGUUUGCCCUCUACGCAGAGUUUGCCUUUCAAGAGUUUGGGGAGUUGGCCCACUCCUGGGUGAUACUCAGCCAUCUGGGUGAGGUUUGGCGCGAUGGACCACCACCACCCGAUGAGACUUAUCGGCAAGAUCUCAUUCAAUUGAUCCGGAAUAUUUACCAACUUUACCAUCGUAGCUUUGGAGACCAAGGGAAAGUUUCUGUUGGGUGGAGCGCAAGUGAUAACGGGCUUCUUUCACCGAUCCAAACUUCACUCACGAUGGACUUCCUGUCACUGCGUUUCGAGUCCAACUGUGCUUCCACGUUUAAUUUGACUGAGGAGCUGACCAAGUUGAAGAUGACCAGUCAAGAUGUGCCCAUCCUCAUAUACAAGAUGACACUCUGUGAUUGUGCUGACAGUCGCUUGCAGGUGCUCGGAAAUGUCUUACAAGUGCUCCGUGGCAACAGUAUGAAAAUAGAAGGAUGUGACAUGAUGGACGUGUUAGGCACGAUGGAGAAGGAGGAUCUGCCUACCAGCACCGGCGUUCUUGGCAAUUCCAGCGGAAAGACAAACAGUUACCAGACUGUCUGGGAUAAAUUUGGGGUCCAGCUUGAAUCCGAACGUGACCUUUUCCUCAACGGAUCCUUCCCCUCGGAUUUCCAGUGGGCCACCUCCAGUGAGUCCUUCAAAGUGGAAGGAGGCUGGGCCGAAGGUGGGAAGGGAGAAACCAUUUGGGAUCGCUUCGGCCACGAAAAUAAAGUGUUUGAUAAUCAGACGGCCGAUCAAGCUUGCGACAGUUAUCACAAGGUGGAUUACGACGUCUACCUCCUGCGAGGCCUCCACGUCAACACCUACCAGUUUUCCAUCUCGUGGGCCCGUGUUUUGCCCUCAGGCUACCGGAGGAGCCGGUCUCAUAAAGGAGUGCUCUACUAUCAAAAACUAAUCGACGCUCUCAUUGAGUCGGGAAUACGACCGGUCGUCACCCUGUUUCACUGGGACCUGCCCCAGGAGCUCCAGAAUCAGGGCGGAUGGACAAACUCUUCCAUUAUUGAAGCCUUCAAGGACUACGCCGACUUCUGCUAUUCCGCUUUCGGAGACAGGGUCAAGACCUGGAACACGUUCAGUAGUCCUUGGGUGGUGAGCUACGCUGGCUAUGCCAUAGGCAAGCACCCCCCCGAAGUCCAGGAUUAUGGGAUGGGCUCCUACCAGGUGACUCACAACAUAAUCAAGUCCCACGCUGAGGCCUGGCACGUUUACAAUGACAAAUACAGAAGCAAACAAGGCGGCGAGGUGGGAAUCGCGCUCAACUCUGACUGGGCCGAGCCCUCGGACCCCUCCGGAUAUCGAGACGUGGAGGCGGCCUACCGUUCCCUGGAAUUCACGUUAGGAUGGUUUGCGCACCCCAUAUUUGUGGACGGGGACUACCCAGCAGCUCUGAAGAGUCAGAUUGACAAAAAGAGCAAAGAGUGUCCUCAUUCCAAACCUGCCUUUCUGCCAGGUUUCACUCUUGAAGAAAGUCGACGGAUCAAUGGAACAGCUGACUUUUUUGGACUCACCCAUUCUACAAUGCGGCUGAUAAACAGCAGUGACGGAGGUUGCGCCGCGAGUCUGCAAGGCGUGGGUGACUUCCAGUCCCGUGUCCACCCAUCUUGGUCUCCGACAACUUCGGACUGGAUCUAUUCUACACCCUGGGGACUGAGAAGGCUUCUUAACUAUAUCGCUGCGGAGUACCUAAAGAUGAAAAAAGUACCUGUGUACGUAACAGGCAAUGGCAUGCCAACAGAGUAUGGAGGGGACCCCCUAAAUGACACCAGUAGGGUAGACUACUUAAGGAGGUACAUCAAUGAAGCUCUUAAAGCAAGACUCCUUGAUGGGGUGGAUGUGCGCAGGUUCACCGUGCAGUCACUAAUGGACGGAUUUGAGGGGAGACAAGGCUACAGCCAAAGGUUUGGGCUGCACUACGUCAACUUUGAGGACCCAGACAGGCCGAGGACCCCGAAACAGUCGGCAUACUUCUACUCACAGGUUAUCAAACAAAAUGGAUUUGCUCUCAGUCUUCCAGAUGGUUUGGACGUGAGGCCGACACAGUUCAAGCCUCCCUCGAAAGCAUUACCUCCUUCAGAGGUUCCGUCUAAGUCCAAGGUUACGUGGGAGAGAUUCUCCCAUCAGUCCAAAUUCCACCGCCAGACCUACCAUUAUGGCACUUUUCCCCGAAAUUUCACCUGGGGAGUAUCAUCUUCCGCUUACCAGAUUGAAGGUGCCUGGAAUGCGGAUGGGAAAGGAACAAGUAUUUGGGACGUGUUUGCCCACAAACCAGGAAGUGUACCAGGUAACGCCAACGGAGACGUGGCCUGUGAUAGUUACCACAGACUCCAGGAGGAUCUCUACAUGCUGCGAGCUCUAGAGGUGAAGUCGUAUCGAUUCUCCUUGUCCUGGUCCAGGAUCUUCCCGACUGGUCUGCGAAGUUCCCUGAAUCAAAAGGGUGUUGACUUUUACAACAGGGUCAUUGAUGAACUUCUGGUCAACGGCAUCACACCGAUGGUGACGUUGUACCACUGGGAUCUCCCUCAGGAGUUGCAAAACUUUGGCGGCUGGGAGAAUUCAAGCAUGACCGACAUUUUUGCAGAUUUUUCCGAUUUCUGCUUCUCCACCUUUGGAGACAGGGUGAAGUUUUGGUUGACUUUCAACCAGCCACACACCAUCGCAUGGUCAGGGUACGGACUCGGACGGAUUCCCCCAAAUGUUAGGCAGCCAGGAAGUGCACCGUAUAGAGUGGCGCACAACCUCAUAAAAGCCCAUGCCAAAGCUUAUCGUAUCUACGAUGAAAAAUAUCGCAAAUCCCAGGAUGGUCUAGUUUCGCUCGCCCUCGGUUCUGACUGGGUAGAACCAAAGGACGUCAACGUUCUUCGCGAAGUGGUGGCUGCCGACCGUGCUAUGCAGUUUCAGUUGGGUUGGUUCGCCCACCCCAUUUUUAAGAACGGCGACUAUCCCGACGCGAUGAAGUGGCAGGUCGGAAACAAGAGCGAACUCCAAGGUCUGGCGGAGUCCAGACUACCAGAAUUCACAGAAGAGGAAAGGAAGUCCAUCAGGGGAACCGCCGACGUGUUCUGCUUCAACCACUUCACCACAAAGACAGUAAGCCACGCCACGGCUCGGCUCGCGCCGCCGUCCUACGAAUAUGAUCGGGAUCUGGCAGAAGAAGAGGUUGGCGAAUCACCAAGCACGGCCAUCCAAAACCAGAGGGCUGUGGCUUGGGGCUUAAGGAGACUCCUCAACUGGGUCCAAGCCGAAUACGGCGAUCCAGAGAUUUACAUCACUGACAAUGGGGUUGCUACGGACUCAAAGACAAAGUGGGAUGACGCGGCAAGAGUGUUUUACUUCAAAACCUACAUUGACGAGGCUCUCAAAGCGUACGAUCUGGACGGCGUGAAGCUGAGAGGCUACACGGCCGCCUCUCUCAUGGACUCAUUCGAGUGGCUGGACGGCUUCAAAGUGGGAUUUGGGCUGCACCACGUCGACUUCCAAGAUCUGAACCGCCCGAGAACACCCAAGUACUCUGCUCAUUUCUACCAUCGAGUGAUCAAGGACAACGGAUUUCCCACGCCAGAGGAUGAAAAAAUACUUUAUGGAAAUUUUGCCAAAAACUUCAUCUGGAGUACUGCAACAGCAUCAUAUCAGAUCGAAGGAGGAUGGAGGGCCGAUGGAAAAGGUCUGAGCAUUUGGGACAGGUUCGCCCACACGCCUCUCCGAGUGUUCAAUGACGAUAACGGCGACGUCGCCUGCGACAGUUACAACAAAAUAGACGAGGAUGUUUCCAUGUUGAGGCAACUCAAGGUGACGCAUUACCGCUUCUCCAUAUCCUGGCCGAGGGUUCUUCCCGAUGGCACCACCGACUACAUCAACGAAGCUGGACUGAGUUACUACAGUCGCUUGGUGGACGCCCUGCUUGAUGCCAACAUCCAACCUCAUGUCACUCUGUACCACUGGGACCUUCCUCAAGCUCUGCAGGACAUUGGCGGCUGGGAGAAUGAAACCAUUGUGCUCAAAUUCCGGGAUUAUGCCAACCUCAUUUUCAGACGCCUCGGUCACAAAGUCAAAUUCUGGAUUACCAUUAAUGAACCGUACAACAUCGCCAAUGUGGGUCACGGGUACGGAGCCGCUGCACCAGGGAUUAGUUUCCGGCCGGGCACAUUGCCGUACAUCGUGGGCCACCACUUGCUCAAAGCUCACGCCGAGGCCUGGCACCUGUACGACGACGAGUACCGCAGCAAACAGGGCGGGAUCAUCUCCAUCACCAUCAAUUCCGAUUGGUCGGAGCCCAGAAACCCGUACAAGCAGGAGGACGUCGACGCCGCCAGGCGUGUGGUGCAGUUCUACAUUGGCUGGUUUGCGCACCCCAUCUUUAAGGGAGACUACAGCGAUAUGAUGAAGACCAUCAUUCGAAAGAGAAGCCUGGAAGCGGGCCUGCCCAAAUCUCGGUUGCCGGAAUUCACCGCCAAAGAGGUAGAAAGAAUCAAGGGCACUUACGAUUACUUUGGAUUCAACCAUUACACGACCGUGCUGGCCUUCCCCGUGGACUUCGGGAACCUUCAGCAUUACGAUGCCGAUCGAGGCGCAGGGACAAUUGCGGAUCGCACCUGGCUGGAUUCGGGCUCAUCCUGGCUCAAGGUCUCGCCGUUCGGAUUCCGGAGGAUAUUGAACUUCAUUAAGGAGGAAUAUGGAAAUCCUCCGAUUAUCAUCACUGAGAACGGUAUCUCGGAGCGAGGGCCCGUGGAUUUGAAUGAUCUCCACAGGAGCCACUACUACGAAAAGUACAUCAACCAGCUUUUGAAAGCUUAUGUGCUGGACGGCGUGGAUAUUCGGGGCUACACGGCUUGGUCGUUGAUGGACAACCUGGAGUGGGCCACGGGAUUUUCAGAAAGGUUCGGCCUCUUCUACGUCAAUCACUCGGACCCCAAACUUCCUCGGGUGGCCAAGACCUCCGUGGCCACCUACGCCACCGUCAUCGCCUGUAACGGAUUCCCAGACCCGGCCACUGGGCCCCACGAGUGUCUCAACCACGAGGUGGAAGGGACGACAAGUGCGCCCGGCACGCCUCUUCCACCCGUCGCCCCCGUCAACUUCUUGGGAAUCACGCUCUCUGCUCGAGAUGCCGAGAUCGGCCUCAACACGCUGCUUGCUCUUCUCGCUGUCGCCGCCAUGCUUGGUGUCGUUUGCUCAUCGUUUUAUUUCUUGAAGACAAGGAGACGUUUCGAGGAAAGCCGACCUAUUCGAUUGACGCCGAAUAAUGAAUAACGUUUGUGAUCUACCGUGUACCAAGGAAAUCCUGGUUUCAACUUUGGAGCGGCCGGUCGAGUACGUAGGUCGUCCUUCCUGUUAGUUCAUUUUGACUUCAAGUUCAAAGCUUGAAAACUUGGCCCGGAAGUCACGAACGGCUUCUUCCCAACCAUAGACAAUUUAGUCCUCAAAUAAUGAAACAAAUAAACCAACGGUAAAG